AUGACAAAGAUCGCUCUUCUCGGUGCUGCCGGUCAGAUUGGGACGCCGCUCAGUCUCCUCUGCAAAGCUGUAAACACGAUUGUGUCUGGCUAUUUACCUUCCAAUGAUGGUUUGGCCAAAGCACUCAGCGGAGCCGACAUUGUCGUUGUCACUGCUGGGAUUGCUAGGAAGCCAGGAAUGACUCGAGAUGACCUCUUCAAUACCAACGCCUCAAUCAUCAGAGACAUCUUUGCCCAGGUUGCAAAGACCUGCCCCGAAGCAAUCUCAUGUAUUGUAACCAACCCUGUAAACUCAACAGUUCCCGUUGCAGCCGAGACUUUGCGCGCAGCCGGUGUCUUUGAUCCUACGCGUCUUUUCGGCGUGACUACUCUAGAUGUCGUGCGCGCGUCGACCUUUGCUGCACACGCCCUUGGCGGCGAUGCCGACCCUACCAGUAUCAAAGUCCCUGUUAUCGGUGGCCACAGUGGUGCUACCAUUCUUCCUCUCUACAGCCAGGCCCAACCGCCCAUUGACCUCGGCGCCGAACUCCCCAAUGUUAUAAACCGUAGGUUUUGA